UUCCGUUCCCGUGCAACACCGCGAAGCCUUGUUUCGGCAGGCGACGCACGAGGUACACCUGGCAAUCCGCCCGCGCCCCACAACGCUACCUUACUACUCGCUGCCUCCACCGCAGCGACGCCCUGCUGCUCCACUCACUCCCCCCCGCACCCGCAGGCCUCCGCCGGGCGCCGCGCAGCGAUGGAUGCGCUCCGCCUCCGGCCGUCCCUCCUCUCCGCGCGGCCCGGCGCCGCCCGCCCGCGAGGUUAUGUCGAUUAUUUCGUGGAUAAACAGAUUUGCCGAAGGCUUCUCAAUCUAUGAAAGUACUCGAAUUCUCUGCUCAGAUCUUUGCUGCUUGUGUAAAAUUCUUUGCUGUUAUUAACCAAAAGCACUGGUGCCGCAACAACACUGGCAUGCCUGCAUAUGGAUCAUUUUCCACCACCUUUUUGUUCUAUCCAACAAAAUGGUGAAGGGCGAGUUUGUUUUUCCAGCCAAAGGACCCAAGGCCCUACCUUGUUUCACUGUCAGAAAUUCUUCGAUUGGAAAUCCUCCUAUUGUAGGAUAUCACAUCGGUCAAUAAAUACUUCUGUUAAUGCUUCGGAGCAACAUCUGCAAUCUGAACCUGAAGCACAUGAUUCUGCAAGCAUCUGGAGGGCAAUAUCAUCUUCUCUGGAUGCAUUUUACAGAUUUUCUCGGCCGCAUACUGUCAUAGGAACAGCACUUAGCAUAGUCUCAGUUUCCCUACUAGCUGUCGAGAGCUUGUCUGAUAUAUCUCCCCUGUUCCUCACUGGUUUGCUGGAGGCAGUGGUGGCCGCUCUUUUCAUGAACAUUUAUAUUGUUGGAUUGAAUCAGUUAUUCGACAUUGAAAUAGACAAGGUUAACAAGCCAACUCUUCCACUGGCAUCUGGGGAAUAUUCUCCUGCAACUGGGGUUGCAAUAAUAUCAGUCUUUGCUGCCAUGAGCUUUGGCCUUGGAUGGGUUGUUGGAUCACAACCUCUGUUUUGGGCUCUUUUCAUUAGCUUCGUUCUUGGAACUGCAUAUUCAAUCAAACUACCAUACUUCAGAUGGAAGAGAUUUGCUGUUGUUGCAGCACUUUGCAUAUUAGCAGUUCGUGCAGUGAUUGUCCAGCUGUCCUUUUUUCUCCACAUUCAGACUUUUGUUUUCAGAAGACCGGCAGUCUUUUCUAGGCCAUUGAUAUUUGCAACUGCAUUUAUGACCUUCUUCUCAGUUGUAAUAGCACUUUUCAAGGAUAUACCUGAUAUUGAAGGAGACCGCAUUUUUGGGAUCCGAUCUUUCACUGUUCGAUUAGGCCAAAAGAAGGUUUUCUGGAUUUGUGUUGGUCUACUUGAAGUGGCUUACAGCGUUGCAAUACUGAUGGGAGCUACUUCUUCCUCUUUGUGGAGCAAAUCUGCAACCAUUGCUGGCCAUUCAAUCCUCGCUGCGAUCCUAUGGCACUGCGCGCGAUCGGUUGACUUGACGAGCAAAGCUGCAAUAACAUCCUUCUACAUGUUUAUCUGGAAGCUGUUCUACGCGGAAUACCUGCUCAUUCCUCUGGUGAGGUGAUGGAUCGAUCGGGGCAACAACUCCACGGAAGAACUUCAGUGCCGGAGUAAACCCGCGCCCAUCUGUUCCGUCUGAAAGUUGAAGCAUCAGGCAGAGGACUAGAGGAGGAAGGAUGGCCACGGAUGGCGCCCAAUAAAAUCCCCUGUGCUUCCGCAGGACCACACACUAGCUCGUGAAAUGAGAUGCAGUACCCUGUAAAGAUUGCACGAUCUCCAACUCCCAACGUACCCAAAGUAACUAGACCAGGUGAGCUGUAGCCUGUAGGUGUUGCUAGCAACAAUACUCUUCCUCCAGUAUAUUCUCUUCAUCAGCUGUCAGCUGAGCUCUCCUCGUAGGGGCCAUGGCCAUGCCCCUACUCCCCUAGUGUAGUAUGUGGCCGUACGUCCCGUCUGCAGCUUGACUUCUCCAGAGCUCGAUUUGUGGUUUGUCA